CCUAUUGCUUAUUCUUCCAUGUUCUAUUGAUUUUGAAUACAAAUUUUGUUACACCAUUUAUAUAAUUGCAGUAAAACCAUAGACAUUAUUUUUCACGUCAAUGUGUUUUAAACUAAAAUGAUUGCAAACUUUUUGUUAAUUGUCAUCAUAUCGUUAAUAAAUGAGAGCAUAGAAGAAAAAGUUCAUUACAUAUUUCCAGAAUUUCCUUAUAAAGAAAGCAACAAAAACGAGGUUAUGCUUCGAGAAGUAGAAGCAGCUUGUGAAAAGGGUUGUUAUGGAAGAAAUGGAGUAUCCAAAGUCCUUUGCAUUCGACAGUGUGUGUCACCUUCCUGCUACAGAGACUUAUACCAAGGGGAUUUACUCGAGGAAGGAGAAGUGGAUGUAAGACUCAAUUCAUUCAAGGGAUGUUUUAUUCAACGAUACAACAGAUCUCGUCCAUAACCAGGCUAAACACCAAAUAUGAUUAAUAAUUUAUAAUAGUAACAAACACCUAGAAAUAAUUCAGUUCACAAUAUUACUGUUAUAUAUUAUUUGUUAAUGUAUUAGUUUCAGAAAAUUCACUUUGAGAAAAAUUUAGUACUUUUAAUCUGAGGUAAAUGGGCUAGAUUUGAAUACCUUGAAAAAUGUCACUAUUAUAUUCAUUUUCAAGUUGCCCAUAUAUGAUAAUCAUGAAGCUGUUCACUUUUAAACACUGUGUAUGAAGGAUUACCCAUGAGCAAAAAUAUUAAAACUUUCUCUGAAAGACUAUAAAUGUGAUAUUCGUUUCAGUUGGAUGUAUGCCUAUUCUCAAUUUUUAAUACUUAUGGUUUUAUUUUUCACAUAAUAAAAGAAAAUUAUUUGAAUG